GGGUAAUGAUACGGGGUAACACGCAGACAUGGGCUUGAGAUACCGAGUGGAACCUGGACAACUGAAGAAGCGUCCUCCCCACGGGCUAAGAGGACAUCUCGACCUGCUCGCGGGAGCCCAGAAGCCUGUCCGCUUCAAUAUCUCAACCUUUUACAGCACUCAUCCACUGCAAAUUGACUAUGCCGCGUCCCCGGGUCCAUCCUAGCCAGCGUCAGCGGGCGGCGGAAGCUUGCAACUUCUGCCGCGCCUCCAAAAAGCGAUGCAGUGCUACGGUGCCCUGCACAGCAUGCACAAAGCGUGGGAUUGAAUCCUCGUGCUACCUCACUCACAAGCCUUGGGGCUCAAGACGCAAUACCGACGCUGCGGCCAGUCCGCGCCAGAAUCCGGCCACGGGCCCGCUUGUGGCAUCUUCUGCCGGGAGCAGUUCCACUCAGAAUCGACCCAUACGCAGUGGUCCACCGCCGCACGAGGCAGGCCGGGGCCAAAGACAUGCUUCAAUGCCCCCGGCCGCAUCUCCGGCAUGGGGCCGGACCCCGGGAUCGUCGCGGGAUGAUGGUGAGGAGUACCGGCCCAUCUCGCCGUCAGAGUCUCGGGUUGAUAGCCCCGAUGCCAUUCAGAGUACUGCUAGUGGUAGCACACGUAAGCUGUCAUUCAGUCGUGAUCCUCAUGCUCGAAUGUUGUUAAAUCUACGGGGAAAUCGAGUGUUCAUUGGGGAAGCUGCCUCAAUAUCAUUCCUGCAAUUCCUUCGAGACACAGUCGAGGAGCAGAUUGGUCCGUCGCAGUUCACUCGCAAUGACAAAAGUCAAAACAUGCUGGAAACGGCACCAACCACAUCAGACACCACAUCCCCAGCAGCUCUAGACAUUGAAGCCUUUGGCAAGGAAGAAGUAUCACUCCACUACAAUAUUUAUCGCGCCGUUACUGGCGGGUUCCUUGAUCUUCUUGCAUCUUCAGAAGUUGAGGCUCUCCUCGAUUCUUCAAAUAAGCCGGCAAACCUUUUGAGUGAUGGAAGUCGUACCAUGCUCGACCUUGUCGUCGCCAUCGGCGCACAAUGUAAAUCUCCUGAUGCUGCCCAGGGAGUGGGCCAGGAAUACUUCCGACGCGCGCAGAGUCGAAGUUUUGCGUCAAUGCUUGAAGACCCAGACAUCGACAUGGUCAGGGCAUUCAUAUUAAUGACUUUUUACAUGCUGGGGCACUGCCGACGAAACACAGCUUUCCUGUACUUGGGGAUCGCUACCCGCGCCGCUGUGGCCUUGGGUAUGCACCGCCGAGACUCAUACAUGGAUUUGACCAACGAAGAAGAGAAAUUCAGAUUGCGUGUUUGGAUGAGUCUCUGCAUUGUGGACAUGCUGGUCAGCGCCAUCCUUGGACGACCUCCAGCAACCUUGUCAUUGCGAUUCGACGUGGAUGGCGAUCUGGUGGAGUCGCCAGGCAUCUCCACAGACCCAGACACCAUGUGCCUAGUCGCUUCUUACAAGAUUAGCAGCAUCAUCAAUGCAGCGGCCCAUGAACUAUACGGCAAAGAGGCGGUAGCGCACGCGGCUGCGGAACGGCUACUGGAAGACAUCGACAAGUGGAGUCGGGCCCUUCCCGAAUACCUCAAGACCGAGACCGUGGGCUCCGGCGGCACACGCACACAAGCAGAAACUAUCCGAAAUGUCCAUGUUUCUUGUCUGUAUUACUUUGCAGUAACCCUGGUUACGCGGCCCAUUUUAAUAUCAACUCUGAGCUCUCGGCCGGGGCCUGAGACCUCGUCCUCGUCACAGAUGGCAUCUGCGUGCUUGGAUGCCGCACUAUAUCUUAUACAGACGUGUAUGGAUGCACACCGAGCAGGCCUUUUACUCGGGAACAUGUGUAUUAUGAAGGCAUUGAUCUUCGCCACUGGCCUUAUCCUCGGAUUCGUCAUGGUCGCUGAGCGCAACUCCGACUACGAAGUAGAAAAGGGAUUCCGCAGUGCCAAGGAACUCCUCGGUUAUUUAGCUAUGCAGAGCCCACAAGCAGCUCACUACUGCGAAAUAUUGGGGCUAUUGCUGAGUGCAAUUGAGACACCGCGGAAAAGGCUAGCCACUCGCGGGCGCAACAAGUACGUGGGAAGGCUGUUUACACUCGAUCGGGUAACGGAAGACUCGUCAGCUAUGGAUAUCCUACCCGACAACAGUGGGGACUUGGCAGGAAGGGACUUCGCGGGUCUGGCCGGUGAAGAGAAUGGCGCUUGGGUUGGCUUUCCACAGCCACUUACUGAUAUUGAUGGCGAUUUUCUGUCGGGAUGGGAUGCACUGGAUUUGUCACAGUGGGAUAAUUUUCCCUUCUUAGGUCCGCGAAAUUUUCUUGUAGAUUGAAAUGUAGAUCAGAACCAUGAAGCGAAUAAUUCCAAGCAAAACAAGAUGGUUCGAU